AUGAUAUCAAACAUAGCAGGAGAUGAAUGGAUGAAAGUUGCCAAUAACCGCGAGGAAUGGUGCAAGUUGGAGGAGGCUUUUACCCAAGAGGGACUACACACCAACAACAACGGAAAAUAUCGAGGGCUGGGCGAGCGCGUAUCGUUUGCAGAGGAAUAUAAUAGUUUACAGCUCGGUGGGAUCCGUUUGGGUCUAUCAAUUGAAACAUGCUCUCAUGCCGAUGACGUCGUCUUUGGCGUGCGGCGUCGCGACAAUAAACAAUACAAACAACCCGGCCCUGCGUUUGACACCAGCCCGUUCGAAGUGGAU